AUGCCCGCUCCGAAGGACGUCAGUCAACUUCGCUCUUUUCUGGGACUCAUCAAUUUCUACGGAAACUUCAUCAAGGAUCUCCACAAUCUACGCGCUCUUUUGGAUACUCUUACGAUAAUGGAUGUUGUCUACACAUGGACACAGGAGUGCCAGUCUUCUUUGGACAAGAUUAAAGUAAUCCUAAGCUCGGAUCUCCUGUUGACCCACUUUGACCUAAGUCUCCCGAUCAUCGUUGCCGUUGAUGCUUCAAAUUACGGAAUGGGAGCAACCCUCUCACAUCGCUUCGCAGUUGGAUGCGAGAACAUCAUUUAUUACGCAAGCUGUUGCCCGACACAACCACAGAUGAACUACAGCUAG